AUACCCAGAAUGCAAAGUGGGACGCCGAAACCCCAGCAGCAGCAGCAGCAGCAGCAGCCUCAAGCUUUUCAGGUUAUCAUGGCGAUAAAAGACACAUCUUCCCCUUGAGCCUCCGCAGCAACAAAGGAUUUGUUCCUCCGCUACAUGAAAACACUCACCGAGUCUCAGGCAGCGCGGAGACCUGCCGGAGUUUUAGCCCAGAUUGGAGAAAGGACAUAGCGAGUGACCGUCAUGGCAGCGUCGGAGCUGUACACAAAGUGUGCUCGGGUGUGGAUCCCCGAUGCAGAGGAGGUGUGGAAGUCUGCUGAGCUGACGAAGGACUACAAAAAUGGCGACGCCUCCCUGCAGCUCAUGUUGGAGGAUGGAACGAACAUCGAGCACACACUGGACCCCAAGACGAAGAACCUGCCUUACCUGCGAAACCCCGACAUCCUUGUGGGCGAAAAUGACCUUACAGCACUCAGCUACCUCCACGAGCCGGCCGUGCUCCACAAUCUCAAAGUCCGCUUCGUCGACUCCAAACUCAUCUACACUUAUUGCGGAAUCGUUCUGGUGGCCAUCAACCCGUAUGAGACGCUGCCGAUCUACGGAACAGACAUCAUCAAUGCCUACAGUGGUCAAAAUAUGGGAGACAUGGACCCACACAUCUUUGCCGUAGCAGAGGAGGCUUACAAACAGAUGGCCAGGGAUGAGAGGAACCAGUCGAUCAUUGUGAGUGGGGAGUCCGGAGCAGGAAAGACGGUAUCAGCCAAAUACGCCAUGAGAUACUUUGCUACGGUCAGCGGCUCCGCCAGCGAGGCUAACGUAGAGGAGAAAGUCUUGGCUUCCAACCCCAUCAUGGAGGCCAUUGGAAAUGCAAAGACCACUCGAAAUGACAACAGCAGUCGCUUUGGGAAAUACAUUGAGAUUGGCUUCGACACCCGCUUCCGUAUCAUCGGCGCCAACAUGAGAACAUAUCUGCUGGAGAAAUCCCGAGUGGUGUUUCAGGCCGACGAGGAAAGGAAUUAUCAUAUCUUCUAUCAGCUCUGUGCUUCAUCCCAUCUGCCUGAGUUCAAGAAUCUGAAGCUGAGCAGCGCAAACGACUUCUUGUAUACCAGGCAGGGCCGCAGCCCCGUUAUCGCCGGCGUGGACGACACCAAAGAGCUUAGCACCACUCGCAAUGCCUUCACAUUGCUCGGUAUUAAUGAGUCCUAUCAGAUGGGAUUGUUCCAGGUUUUGGCUGCUAUUCUUCAUCUGGGAAAUGUGGAGAUAAAGGACAGAGACUCGGACAGCAGCGUCAUUCCUCCCAACAAUCGCCACCUGACGGCAUUCUGCGAGUUGGUAGGCGUGACCUACCAGGACAUGUCUCAGUGGCUGUGCCACAGGAAGCUGAAGACGGCCACAGAGACGUACGUCAAGCCCCUCCCCCGCCUGCAGGCCACCAACGCCCGUGACGCACUCUCCAAACAUAUCUACGCCAAGCUCUUCAAUUGGAUUGUGGAGCAUGUUAACAAAGCCCUCAUCACCAAUGUCAAACAGCACUCCUUCAUUGGGGUCCUCGACAUCUACGGGUUUGAGACAUUUGAGAUCAACAGCUUUGAGCAGUUCUGUAUCAACUACGCUAAUGAGAAACUCCAGCAGCAGUUCAACAUGCAUGUGUUCAAGCUGGAGCAGGAGGAGUACAUGAAGGAGCAGAUCCCGUGGACUCUGAUUGACUUCUACGACAAUCAGCCCUGCAUCAACCUCAUAGAAGCCAAGAUGGGCAUCCUGGACCUGUUGGACGAGGAGUGCAAGAUGCCUAAAGGUUCAGACGAUUCGUGGGCUCAGAAACUCUACAACACCCACCUAAAGACCAGCUCGCUCUUCGAGAAGCCACGCAUGUCCAACCGCGCCUUCAUUAUUAAACAUUUUGCUGACAAGGUGGAAUACCAGUGUGACGGUUUCCUGGAGAAGAACAAGGACACAGUGAAUGAAGAACAGAUCAACGUGCUGAAGGCCAGCAAGCAGAAGUUUGAGCUGCUGGUGGAGCUGUUCCAUGAUGGGGAGAAAGCUAUUAGCCCCACCGGCCAGGUCCCAGGAACCGGGGGCCGGACCCGCCUCAGCAUCAAGCCUGACAAGAGCAGAGACAGCAAGAGCAAGGAGCACAAGAAGACUGUCGGCUGUCAGUUCCGUAACUCUCUGCAAAUGCUGAUGGAGACUUUAAACGCAACCACUCCACACUAUGUACGCUGCAUCAAACCCAAUGACUUCAAGAUGGCCUUCACGUUUGAUCCCAAACGGGCAGUGCAGCAGCUCAGAGCCUGUGGUGUCCUGGAAACUAUCCGCAUCUCCGCUGCAGGUUUCCCAUCCAGAUGGACGUACCAGGAGUUCUUUAGCCGUUACCGAGUGCUGAUGAAGCAGAAGGACGUGUUACCUGACAAGAAGUUGACCUGCAAGAACGUUCUGGAGAAACUAGUUCAGGACCAGGAUAAAUACCAGUUUGGUAAGACCAAGAUCUUCUUCAGGGCCGGCCAGGUUGCCUACCUUGAGAAGUUGAGGGCGGACAAGUUGCGCGCUGCCUGCAUUCGCAUCCAGAAGACCAUCCGCUGCUGGCUGGCGCGCAAGAAGUAUCUGCGCAAGCGCAGUGCUGCCAUCACCAUCCAGAGGUUCACCAGAGGAUACCAGGCUCGCUGCCUGGCCAAGUUCAUGCGUCGCACCCAGGCGGCCACCGUCAUCCAGAAGUAUCAGAGGAUGUACAUGGAGAAGAAACGCUACAGGCAGAAGCAGGCUGCUGCCCUGGCGAUGCAGACCAUCCUCAGAGCUUACAUGGCUCGGCAGAAGUACCAGGCGCUGCUGCGGGAGCACAAGGCGGUGAUCAUUCAGAGGCACGUUCGCGGCUGGUUGGCUCGCUGCUGGUACAAGCGCUGCCUCGUCUCCAUCGUCGUCCUGCAGUGCAGCAUCCGCAGGAUGAGGGCCAGACGCGAAUUAAAGAAGCUGAAGAUCGAGGCUCGCUCAGUGGAGCACUUCAAGAAGCUCAACAAAGGCAUGGAGAACAAGAUCAUGCAGCUGCAGAGGAGAAUCGACGAGCAGACCAAGGAAAACCGGUCUGUCAACGAGAAGCUAGUUGGUCUAGAGAAUUCCUACACAGCAGAAAGUGAGCGGAUGCGUGGCGAGUUGAACCGGCUACGUGGCGUGGAGGAGGAGGCCAAGAAGAAAACCAACCAGGUGACCUCACUGCUGGAGGAGCUGGAGAGGCUGAGAAAGGAGCUGAGUGCCACACAGCAGGAGAAGAAGACCAUAGAGGACUGGGCGCAAACCUACAGGAACGAAAUGGAGAUGAUGGUCUCAGAGCUGAAGGAGCAGAAUGGCUCGCUGAAGAAAGAGAAGGACGACUUGAACAGGUUGAUUCAGGAACAGAGUCAGCAGAUGACAGAGAAAAUGGUGCGUUCGAUUGCACAGGAGACUCAGCAGCUGGAGUCAGAUCUGAACGAGGAGCGAUCUCGCUAUCAGAAUCUCCUGACCGAACACCUUCGCCUGGAAGAAAAAUACGACGACCUGAAGGAAGAGAUGGUUUCAUCGAACGUCUCCAAGCCUGGCCACAGGAGAACAGAUUCUACCCACAGCAGCAACGAAUCAGAGUACACCUACAACUCAGAGUACGCCGAAUUGGAAGAAGGUUCCCGUGCCGCCGAAGAUGUUACACGAGGAAUGGACACCUCGCUGACCCUCAAGCUGCAAAAACGUCUCACAGAACUGGAGCAAGAAAAGCAAUCGCUGCGCAACGAACUGGAAAACAAAGAGGAGCAGUUCCAGCGGGCUAGGGCCAGGGAUGACGCAGAGUUCAAAAAGGCUCGUGGUGCGGAGCUGGAGUACGAGUCCCUGAAGCGUCAAGAGUUGGAGUCAGAGAACAAGAAGCUGAAACAUAACCUGGCAGAGAUGAGGCAAAGCCUGCUGGGUGACGCAGCUGCAGGCGCCGGGGCCGGGGCCCCAGGCACCCCAGCUUACAAGGUGCUCCUGGAGCAGCUCAACGCCUCCUGUGAGGAGCUGGACGUCCGUAAGGAGGAGGUGCUGAUCCUGCGCUCCCAGCUGGUCAGCCAGAAGGAAGCCAUGCACCACAAGGAUGAGAAGGAGACCAUGACUGAGCCAUCUGUCUAUGCUGAGGAUGUGUCCAAACUGAAGGAUGCUGACGAACUCAAGCAAGCUUGCAUAGGCCUGAAAGACACCAACAGAUCUCCUAGGUUCAUGCGUAAGCCGCUGGAAGUCAGUGAUCUCCUGAGUAGGCUGAGAUCUGCCGCUCCAGACUUCCAUAAGCUGAAUGAGGACGGAGAGCUGUGGCUGGUUAAUCAGGGCUUAAAGGAAACCAUCAGGUUACUGGAGCACCAGUUGCAGACUCAGCGGAGAACUUACGAUAACGAAGUGGAAUCACUGCGCAGCGAGCUGCAGAACGUGAAGGAGGAGAACAACCGUCAGCAGCAGCUCUUGGCCCAAAACCUCCAGCUACCUCCAGAGGCCCGAAUCGAAGCCAGUCUGCAGCACGAGAUCACCCGGCUCACCAACGAGAACCUGGAACUUUUGGCUGAAGACCCCACAGCGUCCCGAGAGGCUCGAGUCAUCAUUUUACGACGGAUGGUUGAUCUAAUGGAGCAGCUGGAGAAGCAGGACCGAACCAUCCGCAAGCUCAAGAAGCAGCUGAAGGUUUACUCCAAGAGGAUUGGAGAGAUGGGAGCGGGUCAAACCGAGGGCCAGACGUCUCCGGGACAGAUGGUGGAUGAGCCGAUUCACCCUGUGAACAUUCCCCGCAGGGAGAAAGAUUUCCAAGGGAUGCUGGAGUACAAGAAGGAGGAUGAGCUCAAACUGGUCAAGAACCUCAUCCUGGAGCUGAAGCCUCGUGGUGUAGCCGUGAAUCUGAUCCCAGGUCUGCCAGCCUACAUUCUGUUCAUGUGUCUGAGACACGCAGACUAUGUCAACGAUGACCAGAAGGUCCGCACUCUGCUCACCUCAACCAUCAACAGUAUUAAGAAGAUCUUGAAGAAACGAGGAGAUGACUUUGAGACAGUUUCCUUCUGGCUGGCGAACACCUGCCGCUUCUUACACUGUCUGAAACAAUACAGCGGAGACGAGGCCUUCAUGAAGCACAACACGCAGAGGCAGAAUGAACACUGUCUGUCCAACUUCGACCUGGCAGAGUACAGACAGGUGCUGAGUGACCUCUCCAUCCAGAUCUACCAGCAGCUGAUCAAAUGCAUGGAGAACAUCCUCCAGCCCAUGAUAGUCUCUGGCAUGCUGGAGCACGAGACCAUCCAGGGCGUGUCGGGGGUGAAGCCAACGGGUCUCCGUAAGCGAACUUCUAGCAUUGCCGACGAGGGCACCUACACCCUGGACUCCAUCCUGCGGCAGCUCAGCGCCUUCCACUCCACCAUGUGCCAGCACGGCACCGACCCCGAGCUCAUCAAGCAGGUGGUGAAGCAACAGUUCUACAUUAUCGGAGCCGUCACCCUCAACAACCUGCUGCUGCGCAAGGACAUGUGCUCCUGGAGCAAAGGCAUGCAGAUCAGGUACAAUGUGAGCCAGCUGGAGGAGUGGCUCAGAGACAAAGGUCUGAUGACAUGCGGAGCCAAGGAGACUCUGGAGCCUCUGAUCCAGGCGGCUCAGCUGCUGCAGGUGAAGAAAAAGACUGAUGAGGACGCUGAGGCCAUCUGCUCCAUGUGCCUGGCCCUGACCACUGCUCAGAUCGUGAAGGUCCUGAACCUCUACACUCCAGUCAACGAGUUUGAGGAGAGAGUGUCAGUCUCAUUCAUACGAACCAUACAGACUCGCUUGCGAGACCGCUGUGAGAGUCCCCAGUUGUUGAUGGACACGAAGAUGAUUUAUCCCGUCACUUUCCCUUUCAGCCCUUCCUCCCUCGCCCUGGAAACCAUCCAGAUCCCCAGCUCCCUCAACCUGGCGUUCCUCACCCGUGUCUAAACCAAGGCCCUCAUGACCCUCACUGGCCUAAAAAGACUUUUUGCCCCCCAUACACAAGCAUCACAGGAGAAGUAAACACAAAAUUAAUACAAUUUGAGCUAUCAUGUCUAAAAAAUUUAUUUAAACGUCUCAAAAAGCCGCUAAUGUUGAACACCCAGUUCAGACAGUACUUAUUUCUCAGAUAUCCCUGGUCUGAACAUGAGAAAUUAUACACAGAAACUGAAGCUGAACUAUCAACAUGCAUCUGUACAAUACGUCCAUCCUCUGAACGUACACAUGCACGCCUACAUGUGCACCUUCUCUCUUACAAAACGCACAAAUGCACCCCAACACCCACAGUCAUCCUGCUGGUUUAAAUCUGGCUGUAAAACGCCAUUGUUCCGUCCACCGCUUGUAUAAACGCCUGCCUCUUAGAGAAGCCACAGGACCAGAUCAAUGCCUCCAGUACACACCUGGGUCUGUCUUAGUGGUCUCGGACCCAGGUCACCCCCCAGCUCCCUCCUCUGUGUUUCAACUAGUUGUUAAGAUAGUUCUUCUCGUCAUCGUCUCGUUCUCCAGUGAGAAUGUACGUACCGACACACGAGGCCCAGAGGUGCUGAGACCUCACAAAGAGGAAUAACUCGAUAAGAUGUAGUCUUGCUUGAUAUGUUGGGUCUCUAUUUGGUAGGCAAAGUGAAUUUUGAGUCCCAGUACGAAACCAGAUGAGUGAUAAAGUUAGCUCUCUCCACCCCAUGUUGAGGUAACCUGGACCAGGCUUCGUUUUGUAUGUUGUCGUUUUACUCUCUGAACACAGUCAAGCCAAGACAGAACUCAUCGUCUGUACUAUAUUAUUUAUACAUAUAUAAAUAUAUAUAAAUAUUCAUAAUAUGUAUUUUAUUUAUUGCAUUCACCUCCCUCCUCACCCUUUCCUUUUUAAGAUUAGAAGCUUUCUCUCUGCAGAACACGUGUCCGAUAUGAAGGAUGGGACCAUAACUUCCCAAGAUGAACAGCUUUGUGGGGACAGUUUUUAGUUUUAGUUCCAUUGUACGCUAUUUAUGCCAAUAUCAGGUAAAAGAUGUAGUAUAGUUUAAAGGAGUGUCGGCACAGGUUAUUUGUUAGGCCGUGUCUUAACGUAGAGAUGCCGCUUUAUCAUGUUUGUCCUGCAUUUCUGGCAGAUGAAGUGUAGCACGGAUUUUGACUGAGGAGAGAUUUAGAAGGUGCAAAGGUUCAAACUCUGGCCAAGGGUUUGAGCUGCUACAAUCGAUACUGUUUACAGCUGUGACCAGAGCCGAGCGUCACAGGAAACACUGGCACAAAGAUAUUU